AUGCAAGGACUACAAUAUAGGUGGGGAGCAGCGGAGACAAAGUGCUGGGUAGUGCUGCAACUAAGAAAUCUGGCGAAGAGAUUUGAAAGCAGUGCCAAAGUGGUGGAGCAGCUGGUGGCGGAAAAUGCAGUGCUCAUCUUUAGUGUUACGUCAUGUUGCAUGUGUGAUGUCAUAAAGAGGUUGCUUUGUAGUUUGGGUGUUAAUUCAGUGGUUUGUGAGCUCAACGAGGUGGAGGAAGGGCUAAGUGGAGAUAUUUGUUGGGCUUUGGCUUCCAUGGUGGGCUGUGGUGGCGGUGGAGAAAAGAUGUUGGUGGUGGCAGUGGCUCUCCCCAUUGUUUUUGUCGGCAGGAAGUUUCUUGGGGGUCUCGAUCGGCAUAUGGUGGUGCAUAUUAGCAGAGAACUUGUGCCUAGGCUUAAGGAAACAGGGGCCUUGUGUCUCUGA